AUGACUAUUUUCACGGCAAAGCACAAAGAUGUGACACCCGAAGCGAAGAAGGUGCUCGAUUCGGCGGUGUGCUUGGAGCCAGUAGCAUAUAAAACAGCUGGUGGUGAGUGUGACCCGUUCUCAAGACUUCGUCGACAUCGAGCAUUCACCAACUGUUGUCUGUUGUUGCUGAUCGUGUGGCUGCUGAUCGCGUCGUUCCUUGCUGGCAUCUUCUUCUAUCGACAGUUCUACAAACGACCUGCUUUCUACGGAUGGUGUGGAACAAAUUUCGUGCAACGUGGGCAUAAGGAACGCUUGGAGCAGAGUCUCGAAAUCAAUCCUGAUGAGAAUUACGAACGAAUCAGUGUGCCACGAUUCGGCUCGAAUCGCCCAGCAAUAUUUGUGCACGACUUCAGAAAGAAUCUGACUGCUAUUGUGGACGUUCUGUCGAAUCGAUGUUUCAUCAAGGAUCUUGACAGAAAGCUGGUUGCGCCGCCGUCAAGCCUCAUCGACCUCGUUCAGAAAAUGGAGUCAGGAUAUUAUGAACAUCGUCCCACAGUCGUCCGAGAAACGUACCGAGUGAUUGGGCGUCUUUAUGAGGGUGAUGUCGAAAACUUAUCAUCAGCAAUGAUAAACAGACAUUGUUCACGACGGACUACGUUCCUGCUUCAGAAAGCAUCGCUUACAAACGAUCAGCCGUACUUAAUCCGUGAUAAGCGGCAUGCUAGACGAGGUCAGUACUCAUUUCAAUUCAUUCACGUCUAA